GGAAGAAUAAUACCCUUCAAGGUUCGGCAGAGGGAUGUUAUAGCUAUCCAUUUAGUAAUUCGAAUUUGACUGGUGUUACGGCUGUUGCUGCCUUUCGAAAUCAUGCUGCGCCUUGUCCUCGUUGCCCUGGUUGUAGCAGUAAGUUCCGCUGACUUCACUGUAUUAAAGUCACCACAAUACCAAAUAUUCCAAGAGGGAAAAUGGCCUGUUCCUGGUGACAGGAUUCCAGAUGUCAUCUCAUUGUCAAUGGGGUUCUCUGUGGAAGAGGGCCUGGACUGGCCCGGUUUAGGAGUGGGCAACCUUUUCCAGCGCCCUCGUUCUACAGUCCUUGUGACAGUUACUGGAGUGAAUAAACUUCCACUUUCUGGCAAUGGAAUGUCCUAUCCUGUGGAAAAUGCGGUUCCAUACAGUCUUGACAGUGUUGUAAAUUCUGUACAUUCUGUGUUUUCUGAGGAAAUGCCUGUAGUUUUGCAGCUUGCACCUAUAGAGGAAAGAGUUUACAUGGUUGGAAAAGCUAACACUGUGUUUGAGGAUCUGUCAGUUACCUUGAGACAACUACGGACCCGCUUGGAACAAGACAACUCUAUAAUUCAGUCCCUGCCUGUUAGCUCUUUAUAUAAAAAUGAUGAGACUGACCGGCUGUUCUUAUCUGAGUUGCAAGUACUACAAGAUAUCAUAACUCUGCUUUCUGGGCACAAGCAUCUAGCCAAAGAUAAUGUCCCAGACAUUUAUUCCCUGGAACUUACUGGUUUAGAAGAGAUCAAGAAACGUUAUGGAGAGGAAUCUGCAAAGUUCAAAGAUGCUGUCAAAAUUCUUUCUGACUUUCUGCAAAAGUUUGCAGAUGACAUGUACAGUAUUUAUGGAGGGAAUGCUAUAGUUGAAGUUGUGGCUGUUGAAUCUUUUGAAAUUCCUUUAGUGCGGAGGAGUCGGUCGAUUCUCGCAUCUGAAGCUAUUAGCAACCCUGGCAGCCCUUAUAAUCUCGCAUACCAGUACAACUUUGACUAUGCAGUUAUCUUCAACAUUAUCCUAUGGAUUAUGAUUGGACUGGCCCUGGCAGUGAUUGCAAUCUCGUACAGCCUUUGGAACAUGGAUCCUGGCUAUGAUAGCAUAAUUUACAGAAUGACCAACCAGAAGAUCAGAAUGGACUAAGUUUAUUCAUAUCUUCUAUAGCAAAAACAAAUCCUACGUUUUCUGACGUUACCUUCUCUGUGUUUUAAAUGAGAUUUAGGCAGUGUUUGGUAUGUAAAGCAAUUGCAGGGCAAUUUUAAAAAAGAAACAGCACCUCAAUUUUAAUAUUUAUUUUAUGUUGAAAAAGGUCUGUGUGUAUAUAUAUGUAUAUAUAUAUAUAUAUAUAUAUAUAUAUAUAUAUAUAUAUAUAUAUAUAUAUAUAUAUAUAUUCUCACAAAACUGGAGCACUCAUGCAUACAAAAACAGCUGCCUGGGUGCAGUAUUCAAAAAUUAUGUAAACCAAAAUACUGUAUAAAAACCGCACUCACAGGACUUUAUAAAGGUGCAAAAAAGAUCUGUUUAUUUCUUUACGACGUUUCGGCUUCUAUUACUGAAGCCUUAAUGGACACCCCAACGGGAAAUGGAAACUUGUGCCAUUAAUAUUCAGGUACUUUAUGUAUAGCUAACAUAGCGUGACAAAAAGAAUUAAUGGAGAAAUACCAAAGGUGUCAUUUACUUCACCCCUGUGUGCAAAAGCACUAAGGGGUGCAAGUGCUCUUGUGCCUCAUUAUGGACCAUGGAACCAUGUUGCAUAGUCUACUGUAAAGAAUCUUAAGAAUCCACCUAAAGUUGCACUGGGCUAAAUUAAUCCACUAGUUACACCUACAUUGCUGAUGUCUAUGUUUGUAUUUUAACAGUAGUGACUUGCUUGUUUCUCCUACACAAUGUCAAUACUAAGUGGUUGUAUAGUUUUCCCCUCCAAUACUUUAUUGCUAUUGUUUCAUGAAGAUCAAGGACAGCAAAUAAGUAUUGACCCUAAAACCUAAUUUGAGUUUUGGAAAAUAUUUGCUUAUGGUGAAAUUGAAGUUCUAUUCCAUGUCUGUGUACAGAACAUAGUGUCUUACUCCCAGUUUCUAUUUAAAGUUUUUGUGUUCUAGUGCACACUUGCCACUGUUGUUCAUUUGUGCUUUCUCUACUAAGGAUAUUUGAUUUAUUUGUAAAUGUUGCAUUUCAACUGUGGUGUAAGAAUUCAAAAGAAAACACAUGUAACAAUAUUCAGCCAAUUAUUGUAAUUUUAUUAUAUGAAAGAUAUAUGUGUAAAGUAAAAUGUAUUCUCUUACUUGAACAAUAACACUUGGAUUGAUUCUAGAGAGGCAUGUUGAUUUGGAAGACUUGUUAAUUGGCAAAUAAUUAAAGAAAUAAUGUCAUGAAA